AUGGCAGAUACAAACUCAGAAAGGGCCCUCAGUCCGGGGCACUCCUUAAAUGGAGAGAGGGUGCGAAGAAUCCCCCCGUAUGCAAAACUUCAGAUAUUUGACAGAAUUACCAGGGUUGCCACAUGGAAUGUGCGAAGUCUUUACGCGGCUGGUAAACUUGCCAACCUGGAUGCGGAGAUGCACCGAUUGCAAAUAAAGAUCUUGGGCCUAAGUGAAGUCCGAUGGCCCGGUUCCGGCACUAUAAGAAUAGAACACGGAACCCUCUAUUACUCAGGAAAUGACAACCCGAACCAUUACAACGGUGUCGGAGUUCUGGUCUCUUCAGGUAUUGAGAGAUCGGUCGUCGAUUUCUUUCCCAUUUCGGAUCGCCUGAUGGUUCUUAAAAUUAAAACCUCACGUCGAAUAAUGAACAUUGUUCAGGUAUACGCACCAACAAGUGAAAAGCAGGAUGAUAUAGUGGAACAGUUCUACAAUGAACUGGAAGACAUCAUGAAACUCACAAAGAAGGGGGAACUAACCAUUAUCAUAGGUGAUUUCAAUGCUAAAGUGGGUGUAGGAGCAGAAGGUGAUGUGGUUGGAGGCUUUGGGCUAGGCAUCCGGAACUUGAGAGGAGAUCGCCUGGUUCAGUUUUGCACACAACAACUUGCUAUCGUUAAUACAUUUUUCAAGCAGCCUCCUCGUCGUCUCUACACUUGGAGGUCGCCGGCGGACUGUGAUGAGAAUCUAAUUAGGAAUCAAAUUGAUUUCAUACUGAUAAACAAGGAGCACAAAAAGGCGGUAAAGUCAGUUAAAACGUAUCCCGGUGCUGACGUAAACAGCGAUCACAACCCGGUGAUGGAUGAAGGUGAGGCGCUUCAUACAUGCGAGACCAACUAA